CCUAGGUACGAUACCACGAGCGUGCCUCGACAAAGGCCAUAGACGCCCUCACAUUGUCGUGCUUUGCAGCGGAGGGAUCGCUUGAGUUCCGCUCGCGUGAGGGUCGAAGCAGUUCUCGCAAAAAAAGAGCCGCGCACCGUUUGCCCUACGGAGAGCGUCCUACCAGCGAGGCAGCAGUGCUCCCAGCGACGCGAGAGCUCGCGCAGCGCACACAAAAGCAACCAUGCGCCUCAACGAGGACACCGUGCUCGUAGGAAGACGCUGCGUCCUCGUGCCCUACAAGGAAAAGUACGUAAAACGCUACCACGCCUGGAUGCAGGACGACGACCUGCUGGCCCUGACGGCGAGCGAGCGCCUGACGCUCGACGAGGAAGUCGAGAACCAGAAGAGCUGGCGCGACGACGCCAAGAAGCUCACGUUCAUCGUUUUGGACCGGGCGCAGUGCUUCAAGAAUGGCGACGACCGCUUCCCCACGAAUGCGAUGGUCGGCGACGUGAACGCGUUCCUGACCGUCCCCGACGAGCCGCUCGCGGCCGAGGUCGACGUCAUGGUUCCGGAACGGCGGCGCCGCGGUUUCGGGGGCGAGGCCGUGCGGCUGCUGCUGCGCUACGGCCGCGAGGCGCUCCAUCUCGAGACGUUCGUCGCGAAGAUCGCCUCCGAGAACGCCGCCUCCCUAAAACUCUUCGCGUCCCUCGGCUUCGAGCGCACGAAUUACGUGGAGGCCUUCGACGAGGUCGAGCUGCGGUCCACGUCCAUCAUCAAAAUCCCGUGGACGGUGCAGAGCUUUGAUAUGGCGCCGUCUCCAGGUUUCGAGGAGCGACGCUUUUCCGUGCGCGACGAGGACGACGCGAACGUAUCGGGCCUCGUCGUGCGCUUCGGGGCGAAGUCGGCCUUCGCCUGGGUCGGGCCCGCAGAUAACGCGCCGGCGCUCGGGGCGCUCGCCGGCGCCGCGCCGCGGGCCUUCGCGCAGGGCGGCGCGGCGACGAAUUUGAUCGACCCGGCCGACGUCGUCGGGCCCCAGGUCGCCGCGCGGCUGGUCGCGGCCACGGACCGGCUGGUCCUCGUCGCCUGGAGCCUCGACCACGCGUCCGCGGCCGUCGAGCGCGCGCUGUCCGAGCGCGUGCCGCCCGCGGGCUGCGGCUUCUGCGUCGGCCUCGCCCGCGCGACCGCGGCGGAGGCGCUCUUCGGCGGCUCGUCGUCGGACGACGACGGCGUCGCGCCGCCGCCGCCGCCGCCCGCGCCGCCGCCGGAGCCCCUGCCCGUGCCCGUGCCGUCCGCCGUCGCCUGCGCGCGCCUAGCGGCCUUCGCGCCCGGCUACGCGCCCCUCUACGCGCACCCCGCGCUGCGCCUCGUGAGCGCGCCGGCCACGGGCGGCGGCCGCGGCCUCGCCGCGGCCCGCGACCUCGACGCCGGCACGCUGCUGCUCCUCGAGGCGCCUCUCCUAUCACGCGAGGCGCAGGCGACGAUCGCGGACCCCACGGCGGCGCUCCCGUCGUUACAUAUCGAGCAGCUGCACGGCGCGACGCUGGAGCAGAAGUGGCAGUUCAACGCCUUCGAGUCCGGCCUCUACCGGUUGAGGAGUUUGCUGAACGACUCGCCGCAACCCUCGUGCGUCGCGCUGACGACGGCCGGGGGCCUCGCCGAGGUCUGGACGCAGCGGAAAGUGGAGGCGGGCGCCCCGCUCACGGUGUCGUACGUCCAGCCCGAGUGCUCCGUCGCGCGGCGCGACGCAUAUUUGCGCGCGCAGCACGGCUUCGUCUCCGACCGCGCGGAGGCGGACGCCGCGGCGGAGGCCCUGGACGGCGUCGACGACCUGCUCGAGGCCGGCGACGUCGCGGCGGCGCUCGCGGCGGCGCUCCCGCGCGCCGCGUCGUCGCGGCGCGCGGCGGGGCUCGCGGCCGCGGCCGCGGGCCGCGCGGCCCGGGAGCGCCUCGUGCUGCCCCGCGCGACGCUCGGCGCGCGGGGCACGCCGCACGGCCUGGCCCUCUUCCACGCGCUGGCGUGGCGCGACGCGCUGGCCCGCGUGGAAUUCAAAUUUUACGGCGCGUUCGCGUAGCACCCGACGCACCGGUUGAUUUCCACACAGGCGCUGGCCCGCGAGGGCCUCGGCGCGUCGCCCGCGGCGGCCGAAGCCGCGGGCCUCGCCGCCGACGCGCUCGACGCGCUCCGCGCCUUCCGUUCCGCCGCCGACGUCGCGGCAAUGGCUGGCCGCGCCUGGCCCGACGCGCAAGCCGUCUCCCGCGAAGCCCGGGCGCUGCGCCGCGCGGCGGAGGCGGGCGCCGCGCGCUACGACUCGCGGAGAUGGGUCGGCGGCGGCCGUGACCGAUAA